GUCACGAUCCCGGAAGCACAUCCUUCGCACAGGCCCGAGGGAAGAUGAUGGCGGCGGCGGCCCGAGCGGCGCUGUUCCCUGCGGUGCGGCGGAGGCUCUGCGGCUUCACCGAGAGGCUCCUGGCCGGAGGUGCUGCCGGGCGGUCACUAUAUUUUGGAGGAAACAGGUUGAGAAGUACACAGGCUGCUACACAAGUUGUUCUGAAUGUCCCUGAAACUCACGUAACCUGUUUGGAGAAUGGACUCAGAGUGGCCUCUGAAGACUCUGGGCUCUCAACAUGCACAGUUGGGCUCUGGAUUGAUGCUGGAAGUAGAUAUGAAAAUGAGAAGAAUAAUGGAACAGCUCACUUUCUGGAGCAUAUGGCUUUCAAGGGCACCAAAAAGAGAUCCCAGUUAGAUCUGGAACUUGAGAUUGAAAACAUGGGUGCUCAUCUCAACGCCUAUACUUCCAGGGAGCAGACUGUAUAUUAUGCCAAAGCAUUCGCUAAAGAUUUGCCAAGAGCUGUAGAAAUUCUUGCUGAUAUAAUACAAAACAGCACAUUGGGAGAAGCAGAGAUUGAACGUGAACGUGGAGUAAUCCUUAGAGAGAUGCAGGAAGUUGAAACCAAUUUACAAGAAGUUGUUUUUGAUUAUCUUCAUGCCACAGCUUAUCAAAAUACUGCACUUGGACGGACAAUUUUGGGACCAACUGAAAAUAUCAAGUCUAUAAAUCGUAAGGACUUAGUGGAUUAUAUAACCACACACUAUAAGGGGCCAAGAAUAGUACUUGCUGCUGCUGGAGGGGUUUCCCAUGAUGAACUGCUUGAGUUAGCAAAGUUUCAUUUUGGUGACUCUUUGUCCACACACAAAGGAGAAAUACCAGCUCUGCCUCCCUGCAAAUUCACAGGAAGUGAGAUUCGAGUGAGGGAUGACAAGAUGCCUUUGGCACAUCUUGCAAUAGCUGUUGAAGCUGUUGGUUGGGCACAUCCAGAUACAAUCUGUCUCAUGGUUGCAAACACACUGAUUGGCAACUGGGAUCGCUCUUUUGGAGGAGGAAUGAAUUUAUCUAGCAAGCUGGCCCAGCUCACCUGUCAUGGCAACCUCUGCCAUAGCUUCCAGUCUUUUAACACUUCCUACACAGAUACAGGAUUAUGGGGAAUCUAUAUGGUUUGUGAACCAGCCACUGUUGCAGACAUGCUACAUGUUGUUCAGAAAGAAUGGAUGCGACUCUGUACAAGUGUCACUGAAAGUGAAGUUGCACGAGCCAAGAAUCUUCUGAAAACAAACAUGUUGCUGCAACUUGAUGGUUCCACUCCCAUCUGUGAAGAUAUUGGUAGGCAAAUGUUAUGCUAUAAUCGAAGAAUUCCCAUCCCUGAGCUUGAAGCAAGAAUUGAUGCUGUAAAUGCUGAGAUAAUUCGAGAAGUGUGUACCAAAUAUAUUUAUGAUAAGAGUCCAGCUGUUGCUGCUGUUGGUCCCAUUGAGCAGCUACCAGAUUUUAAACAGAUUUGCAGUAACAUGUGCUGGCUUCAUGAUUAAAAUGCUCCUAAUAAACAUAUUUUGAACAUA